UACCUCGAUCUAGGGUUGAAACCAGCAAGGAGCACACAGUGUUUCCCUUUCCACACCUAGCCGCGCAUCCUUCCUAGCCAGCCGCCAUGGAUCCAUAUCAGUACGAAAGCAUGUAUGACCCACGCGGUUGUGGCUUUCCCAUCCACCCGCAGCCGCCCUACCUCAUCCACCACCCGGUCGCCGCGCUCUCGGAGAGCAGGAUGAGGGGCAGUGCCGGGCGGCGCCGCCCAGGCGCUAAGCUCUCCACGGACCCCCAGAGCGUGGCGGCGCGGGAGCGCCGUCACCGGAUCAGCGACCGCUUCCGCGUGCUCCGCAGCCUCGUGCCCGGCGGCAGCAAGAUGGACACCGUGUCCAUGCUGGAGCAGGCCAUCCACUACGUCAAGUUCCUCAAGACGCAGGUCAGCCUGCACCAGGCCGCGCUCGUGCAGCACGAGGAGGGAUGCGGUGAUGGCCAUGAGUUCGCUGGCGUCGCCGUCGGUCGUGGCGCGGAUGGUGAGGUGACGGCGAUGCAGCUUCCAGGAAUGCAAGCUCUGCAGGAGGUGAUGAGCAUCUACCACUCCGGAGCUCUUCAGCAGGUGGAAGAGCUUGAUCUUGAUCUCGGCCCAGGACAGAUGAGCAGUGCUCACGAUCUGCCUCCUUUGCCUCCCUGCGUCUUUGAUGAAGAGUCUGCAGGAGCGUGCUACUCCGUGGGCACUCUCCAAGGCGAUGAGAUCACUCACGGCCACGGACCUUAUUAGCUCGCUAAUUAGUUAGCUACUAGUAUGGCAUGCAGUACUAGUUUCUGUAGGUUGUCUCUCUAAGGAUUUGGUGAGUCGGGUGGUACCUCCGUAGCAACUAUACUUGCUACCCAGUUAGCCUAAUUAGCUCUUUCCUCUUGGCAUGCAUGCUUCUGUCGCUGAUUGAUCCAAGUGAUCACAGAAGGCAGACUUAUUUUCCUGCCUCCAGUCUCUCCAUGUUUAGUAGUAGUACAUCCUUAAAAGUUAAGGUCCAUAGCGAGGCAGCUUAAGGUGUCAUAUGCAUUAUGAUUCUGCUCCAGCUUGUAUGUUUGCUUGAUAUUCCGUUGUCUUGUAGUACUCCGUACUAUUUUAUCA